UCAUAGCCCUUCCUCUUCCUCUUCUCCCCAACUCCACUCUUAAGAGCGGGAAAAUUUUCAGGGCACAGAGACCCUCUUUGCCUCUCCCAAACCCUAAUAAUUGCAUUCCCCAUUUCUUCCCCGAAUUCAAUGGAGAGGAUCUACGUCACGGUUAGGGCAAGGCCCCUCUCGGCCGAGGAAUCAAAGACGAGCCCUUGGAAGAUCUCGGGCAACUCCAUCUCUCUCUCCAACGUCCAGUCGACCAGAUUCGAGUUCGAUAGGAUCUUUGGGGAGGAUUGUAAGACUGCGGACGUGUACGCGGCGAGAACUGGAGAAAUAGUUUCUUCGGCUGUUCGUGGAUUCAAUGGUACUGUAUUCGCAUAUGGACAGACCAGUAGUGGUAAAACUCAUACGAUGAGAGGGUCUGUUUUUGAACCUGGGAUCAUCCCACUUGCGGUCCAUGAUUUGUUUAGGAGCAUCCAAGAGGAUGCUGGUCGAGAAUUUCUUGUUCGCAUGUCUUAUAUGGAAAUUUACAAUGAGGAAAUUAAUGAUUUGUUAGCUCCUGAGCAUAGGAAGCUGCAGAUCCAUGAGAGUCUUGAGAGAGGCAUAUAUGUCGCAGGAUUAAGGGAAGAAAUUGUUACGUCCCCUGCACAAGUCUUAGAGUUCAUGGAAUUUGGAGAAUCUCAUCGCCACAUUGGACAAACUAACAUGAACCUUUACAGUAGCAGGUCUCAUACCAUCUUUCGCAUGAUAAUUGAGAGUCGGGAGAAACCUGAAGAUGAUGCUGAUGUUAAUUCUUGUGAUGCUGUUCGUGUAUCUGUUCUUAAUUUAGUCGAUUUAGCCGGUUCAGAGCGUGCAGCUAAGACUGGGGCUGAAGGUUUGCGUUUGAAGGAGGGUUCUCACAUCAAUAAAAGUUUAAUGACUCUUGGUACAGUAAUUAAAAAACUAAGUGAGGGCACUGAGAGCCAGGGCGGUCAUGUGCCUUAUCGGGACAGCAAACUCACUCGCAUUUUGCAACCUGCACUUGGUGGGAAUGCAAAUACUGCUAUUAUUUGUAAUAUUACUCUUGCACAGAUUCAUACAGAUGAAACAAAGAGCAGUCUCCAGUUUGCAAGCAGAGCUUUACAUGUUACAAACUGUGCAUGCGUGAACGAGAUUUUGACUGAUGCUGCCUUGCUAAAGAGGCAAAGAAAAGAAAUUGAGGAGCUUCGAGCAAAAUUGAUGACCUCUCAUUCAGAGCACUUCGAGGAAGAAAUCUUGAACCUUCGAAACACACUAUUGAAGAGUGAGCUAGAGAAAGAGAGAAUAGCUCUGGAGUUGGAAGAGGAAAAGAAAGACAGAGCUCAUCGUGAGAGGAGGCUAGCAGAGCAAGCAAAGAAAAUUGCUAAUCUCAGUUCGUUGGUGCUAUGCUCUGAAAGGGAUGAGAAAAGCACAAACAUGAGUAAGAAUAAGAGGCGUGUUACAUGGUGCCCGGGACCAUUUUCUAGGAAAUGUGGUACUGAGGUAUCCACUCCAAAUGAAGUAUCUUCUAUUAGAGAGUUCAAUGGAAAUGGACAAGAUGUGAAUAUGCCACCUUCUUUCGAAGAAUUAAUGCAGGAAAAUGAGGUUAUCACGGAUAAUCUGCAUAGUAACUCAUGCAUAUCUGAUCUCAGUGAUAAAUCGGAUGAGUUUUCGCUUCCUGAUGCCUGUGCUUUAUUGCAUGUUACUAGCAGGAGGAAAAUACAUCAUGAGAGAGCUGAAUUGCUCCAGAUGAAAACAAGAGAAGAUGGAUGUGAAAGCUCGACAUACAAGUCCAUGGAAUCAGAGUGUAACACAAGCACAAGCGAUAGAAGUUCUUUUUUGUCCCAGUUAGGUGUCACAUCUUGUGGCCUUAAAGGCUUAACUUUAAGAGAGUCUGAAGCUAUUCAUGUUAUCAAGCACCUUGAAGAUCAGAUUAGUUCAGUAGAAAUGGAGAAGACUGCAAUCCAGGGAAACUUUGAUGACAUUCUUGACUUAGUUAAUGAACAAAAUACUUCUUUCAAAGAGAAGUAUGACGAGCUAUAUCAGGAUCUUUUAAAUGCACGUAAUGAAGCUAGAGUGGCACAGGAACAACUUUCUUUAGUUGCAUCAAACAAAUUACAUAAAGAGGAACCUGUAGGUUUCUCGCUCAUUGAUGUGUCAAAAGAAGUCCAAGAAGUAGCUUUGCUUGUUGACCAUUCAAAAGGUGUUGUGGAUAGUGUUCUAUCUUUUUUUGAAGAUCUCUUCCGAAACUUCAGUGUUAUACCAGAUCUGAGGGAAAUUAAGUUAUUUUCUAGCCAAAAUAUGUUGCAACUUGAAUCUAUCAUCUCUUUGCACAACAAAUUACAGAGCUGUUUGAAAAAUAAAUUGGAAGAGGUAGAGCUGGAAAAGAAUCUAUUGCAAAAUCAGUUAGCUGAUCACCAAAAACAAAUCGAGGAGCUUAAAUAUGAUUUAGUUACCACAGAGAGGGCAAUGGCAGAUCAAUUUAGUCAACAUGAAUUCGAGAAAGAUGAACUUCUUGGUCAAGUUCUCAACCUUCAGAAGGAAGUGAUGUGCUUGUCAUCGUCUGCCUUGUUUAAAGAAAAGGAAAUUGUCAGGAAGGAGCUUGACAAAACUAAGCUUAAGUUAAAAGAUAUGGAGUCCAAGCUUAGGAAUACCGUCCAGGAAAAGACAAAACUCGAGAGUGAAAAAAUGCAAGCUGAGCGUGAGGUGAAACACUUGAUUGGUCAAAGGGCUGUUCUAGAACGUGAUAUUCGGAAACGAGAUUCACUGCUUGAUAGAAGAAAUUCAAAGUCAUUUGAUUCCAAUCCAAAGGGUUAUUUUGGUGUUCAAGAACAAAAUAUUGAGGUACACUACCAGAAUUUGGAAGUUCGUGGCUUUGAGAUGGAAGCUGAGAUUGCUUCUCUAAAAGAAAAUUUGACCACUGCUGUUGAAGAAAAUGAAAAGGCAUAUGAUAAAAAUGGAAACUUAGAGUCAGAAGUCAACACACUGCUUCAAAAUUUAAGUGCAGCAGAUUCGGAAAUAAAUUUCUUGAAGGAGGAGAUUGUUAAAAUGGAACAAGAGUUGAAUGAAUCUGAGGCCUGUUCUAGGAACUUGAAAGUUUCCCUUGAUCUGCUAACAAAAGAAAAGGAAGAUAUGGGAAUGCAACUUGCAGAUGCUCUUCUUGAAAUGGAGGUUGAAAAGUCAGCAUGGUUAAGCAAGGAGAAAGCUCUCAAGGAGUCUGACGAGAGAAUGAAGUUAUCAGAGGAGAUUACCAAGUUAUCGAAAGAUUUAAUAGAGGUGACACAUGAGCUAGAGUCUUCCAGAGAACAAUGUAAAGUGCUCAGAGAAAGACAAAUUCUCAUCGAGGAAAAUGCAGAAAAAGGUAAAGAACGCAGCUCGGCGAUCUUUUCAGAAAAUGUUCAGCUAAGAAAUGAACUGAAACAAUGUGACCACAUCAAGGAUAAAUAUGGAGAUGCCUUGUCCAAAUUGGAAGUGCUAUCAUCAGACUACCAUCAUGCUUGUGAUGAAGUUCAGAAAUUGCAGGAGCGAUUGAACUUCAUUACCCAAGAACGGGACAGAUUAUCUUUUCAACUCAAAAAGACAGAUGAAGGAUCAGUUGCAUCAAUUGAUUAUCAGGAAAUUAUCAUCUCUAAUAAAGAGAAGACAAAACUCAGAUUGCAGCUUCGCUCAACCCAGGCCAAGUUGACUGCGUUACGCUGUCGAUACAAAGAGAUUGUGGAGGAGAAGAGGCUUAUGAACAAGAAAUUUGAGGAAGCAUCCUCUAAUUACAAGGAAAAACUUCGUUGGUAUGGCAAUCAGUUGCUUCAUUCACAGAAGCAGCUCAUAAAUAGAUGUUGAUAUUUUGGUUUUUAAGUGUAAUCUUUUAUAAUUUGUGUUAAGGUGUAAUUGUUCAGGUGACAUACUAUGUGAAUAACUAUACCAAAGCAAAAUGAGAGAAAUGUGUUAAACAUGUAUCAAAUAAUUGUAUAUGCCCACAGGUACUUGUACGUUGUGUGUGAUGAGAGGUGAAAAACUACAUCCCAAGUUCAAUGUUAGCUCCCAUGUCCACCUGUACUAUAAUUUUAGCACAAAGAAAAAAGAAAAUAUUAUCAUU